UCUAGCCGCUGGUUGGUUGGAAAUGUCAGGUGACAUAAAGUGGGAAAAAACAAGGAAGCGCGUUUUUCCCGGUAAACUUCCGCACGUGUCCCGGACAUCUGAGGUUCCGCCUUUAGAGGUUGGGGAACCGGAGCCGAACCCGGAUCCUGGACGGUACCAACAUGUCUGAGGACGUCCCACCUGACGGACGCUCGUCCCAGUCAGAGACCCAGAGCCAGUCCACCCUGUCCCCGUCCCAGAUCAAGUCCCCACAGGGUUCUAGUUCGUCCAGCGGGCCGACCUCAGCCAGCCAGUCAUCCAGCGGCUCAGGGACGGUGAGCAGCGUGGACACCAUCCCCGUCACCCUGUCCUCCGUCCCAGAAGAAGCGGAGCCAGAGCUCUGGGGUCGGCUGCUGCCCAUGGUCCGAGGCUUCAGGAGCCAAGACUGCAUAGAGGACCAGUACCUGUUUGGCCGGGACUCGGGCUGCGACUACGUCCUCGGAGACCCAGACAACAAGAGGUCCCAGAAGUUCCGGAUCUACAGCAAGAAGCACUUCAGGAUCUACAGGGAAGGCUCUAAAGUCUUUUUGGAGGACCUCAGCAACAAUGGGACUUUUGUGGACGGCAUAAAAGUUGGACAGAAUAAGAAGCUUCCUCUGACCAACAACGCCGUGCUGUCUCUGGCCGAGCAGCGGAACCGGGUUUUUGUCUUCAUGGACCUGAUGUCAGACGAUCAGUCCAGUUUACCUAAAGCUCUGCGGGACAAAUAUGUCCUGACCCACCGGAUUGGGACAGGAGUCUGCGGCGAGGUGCGUCUGGCCUUUGAACGCUCCACCUGCAGCGAACUCGCCGUCAAAAUUAUCAGCAUGGCAAACUUCCGGUCUGAGCGGACGGCGACCAGGACUGCAGAGACAGAGAUCGAGAUCCUGAAGAGAGUCGAUCAUCCGUGUCUCAUAAAGGUGAAGGACUUCUAUCAGUCAGAGGACAAUUACUACAUCUUUCUGGAGCUGAUGGAGGGAGGAGAGCUCUUCCAGAAGGUGAAGUCUCAGCAGCAGCUAAAGGAGGACGUCGCUAAACUCUACUUCUAUCAGAUGCUUUGUGCCGUGCAGUAUCUCCAUAGAAACGGCAUCAUCCACAGAGACCUGAAGCCAGAGAACGUCCUCCUGUCCUCCAAAGAGGACGAGUGUCUCAUUAAGGUGACGGACUUCAGCCAGUCCAGGAUCCUGGAGGAGGCGGCCCUCAUGAGGACUCUGUGUGGGACUCCGUCCUACCUGGCCCCUGAGGUCUUCACCCACGCUUCCACCACGGGUUACGGGCUGGCCGUGGACGCCUGGAGCCUGGGCGUCCUGCUGUUUGUCUGCCUGAGCGGCUACGCUCCGUUCCACGAGAGGUUCAGCGAGCACUCGGUCAUGGAGCAGAUCAUCAGAGGAGAGUUCACCAUGAUCCCGUCCAAGUGGAGUCGUGUCUCCAACCACGCCAAAGAUGUGGUGAGGAAGCUGCUGGUGGUGGAUCCCACCAAAAGGAUGACUGUGGAUGAAGCUCUGCAGCACCCCUGGCUGCAGGAUCAGCAGAUGUUGAUGGCGGCUCACAGACUGAUGUACCCUGCAGAAGAAGAUGCUGUUGGUGUUUCCAUGGAUGCAGGAGACGGUUCCAGGAGGAAAAGAGGAAGAGGAGAUGAUGAAGAGGAGGAGCCUCCUGCUAAGAAGAUCUUAGCCCCGCCCCCUCCAUCCCUGUGAAUGUGAAACUUCAGAUUCUUUUAUUUCUUCCCAGGAGCUUGUUGAAGUUCCUGGGAACCGGUUCUUGGUUAAACCUCAGGUUCUGGUUCUGGUCCUUAAAGCUUUGACUCGCUGCAGGUUCUGCUGUUUGAAAUAAAGACUGAACAGAAACAGAAAA